AUGUUCGCACAGUCCUUCAACCCUUUAUACCCACAAGAUAGUGUCAGCAGCUACGGCGACUAUGACUCGACGACAACCUUCAAAGACCAGAAGCGAGAUAUCGCAGAGCUCAAAGAGGAUGUCCAAGUCAUCAAAUCCCAAGUCACAUCGAUCCACGCCUCUCUCCGAAACCAUCCCCGUCCCUCCAAAACAGAUCACACCGUCAAAAUCGACUCCCACUUCCAAGAAGUCGUUCAGAUUAUUCUCGGCCGUAUCGAGGUAAUCACAGAUAGCCACAGCGCCAACUUUGCUAGGCCCAUUCUCCAAGCGCUCAUGCGGAAGAAUGGGGAGCUCUCGAAGGACGACCGACUGAAAUUGGCGCGGGUGAUCGGACGAUUUGAACAUACGUGCGCAUACUACGAGAUGACACCAGACGCGAAAGAGCGCUAUCGCAUGGCAUUAAUCGCUAUGUCAAUACGAGACCUGAGAGAAUUGUUGGGACAUUGA